AUGAACAACCCCAUGCUCGCCGAGUGGAUCUACGUAACUUUCAAGGCCCGGGUCAGCCGUGCCACACUCGCCCGACUGCGCAACCUGCCUUCUUCCUACUUCAGCCACGUCGACCGGAGUGCGACCAAGCGGCGCCGAGUGAAAUCCCCUCAGUUCGAGCGGGAACUGAGGGAAUUUUUCUUUCAGAACGAAGCUAAAACGGCGAUGGCGGACGACGUGCUCCUGCUGAAGGCGCAUGAGCUGGCUGAGCGCUUAGGCAUCGAUGCCACGCAGCUCCGGCUAAGCAACGGCUGGCUUCAAAGCUUUAAGAAGCGCAAUGGGAUCCGCUCCCAUACGCUACACGGCGAAGGUGGCGCUGUAGAAGCUGAUGAAGUGCGAGAUGCGAGGCUAGAGCUACAAGAGUUGGUGGCGCAGUUUACACCCGAGAAUGUGUUCAACUUCGACGAAACGGCGCUUUUCUAUCGCUUAGCGCCUAAUCGAACGCUAGCUACGACUAUUCGCAAGGGCAAGAAAAAGGAGAAGCAACGUUUGACUUUGGUCUUCUGCUGCAACGCGACUGGCUCCGACAAGCUCGACCCAAUAGUCAUCGGUACGGCCAAGAACCCGAGGUGCUUUAGAAAGGGAGCGGCGAUUAAAGGUAAACCUAUAUUGUACAAGUCCUCCAAGAACGCCUGGAUGACAUCCGUCAUUUUUGACGAAUGGCUGCACCUCUUCAACAUGAGAAUGGCGGCCGCCAAUCGCAAGGUCCUACUUCUAGUCGACAAUGCUUCAUGCCACAAGAUUCUACGAAACCUGACUCAUGUGACUGUUCACUUCCUCCCUCCUAACAUGACAUCCGCCGUACAGCCGCUGGAUGCAGCUAACAUUACACGCAAGCUCAACGUACUGGAAGCUGUCCAAUUCUCCAUUGAUGCUUGGGCGGGUGUGACGCCAACGACAAUUACAAAUUGCUGGGUCAAGACUCGCAUUUUGGGAGAAAAGAUGCUAGGAAGGACCCGUGCUGACACGGAUUACAUUGAGGAGGUAUCCAGCAACGAGAUGGAGGAGUUAACGGCGAUGCUAUCGAGGUGGGAGGGCGCUGUUAGCGCUAGUGAGUAUCUGGCAGUGGACGAAGACGUUCCUGUGCACGAGCCAGAUGUGCUAGUGGACGAAGCGGCAGGAAGUGAUGCAGUUUCGCAGGACGAGCAGGAGGAAGAGGAGGAACAGGAACCCGCAGUUCAACCUGCCAUUGCUCUGAGACACUGCAUGGAGCUGGCUGCAUUUCUGCUGCAAUGCGGAGAGCAGACUGACAGAGAACGAAGAACUUUACAAACCGUGACCGCUUUGGUUCGAGAGACUACGCGCGUAUCCGACGCCAUCAUGGCUCCAAGUGUUCACAUCCCGUCCAAGGGCAUCAAGCACCCGCUUGACCCGGUCACAGCUGACGAGGUCCGCAUCGCCAAGCAAGUGCUCGCGGACGCCGGGUACUCGAGCCCGGAGCUGCGCUACGCGUACGUGAUGCUGUUCGAGCCGGACCACCCGACGCUGGCCAAGUUCGAAGCCGGCGAGUUGGCGGAGAUCCCGCGCGAGAUCGGCGCGCUCGUGCUGGACCAGGCCACCAACGUCACGCGCGACUUCGUGGUGGACGUCGUGGCGCGCCGCAUCGUCAAGGACGUGGAGCUGGACCCCAAGACCGACGGACAGAUCCCCAUCCUGGACCAGGACUACUGGGACGGCGACUCCAUCUGCAAGGCCGACCCGGCCUACGUGGCAGCGCUGGCCAAGCGCGGCAUCACGGACCUGGACAUGGUGCGCGGCGAGCAGUUCUCGGCCGGCGUCUUCGGCUACGAGGGCGAGGAGGGCAACCGCAUGAUCCGCGUGCUGAGCUUCCUCAAGGUCGAGAACACGCACGCUAUGUACGGCCACCCCAUCGACGGCCUCGUGGCGCACGUCGACCUGACGAACCGCAAGGUGCUCAAGCUCGUCGACACGGGCUACACGCACAUCCCGAUGGAGUCGGGCGACUACCUGGACCCGAAGGGCGCCAGCUUCACGGUCAAGGACAACAUCGUGUCGUGGCAGAACUGGGAGAUCCGCGUCGGCUUCAACGGCCGCGAGGGCCUCACGCUGCACGACAUCUCGUUCAGCGACCGCGGCCGCAAGCGCAAGAUCCUGAACCGCGCGUCCGUGUCCGAGAUGGUGGUGCCCUACGGCGAGCCCUCGCCCACGCACGACUGGCAGAACUACUUCGACGCCGGCGAGUACCAGUUCGGCCGCCUCGCCAACUCGCUCGUGCUGGGCUGCGACUGCCUCGGCAGUAUUCAGUACCUGGACGCGACGGUCGUCGACGACUUCUGCGAGCCGUUCGUGAUCAAGAACGCCAUCUGCAUGCACGAGGAGGACUUCGGCACGCUCUGGAAACACACCGACGUGCUCGCGUCGCCGCCCACGGGCACCGUGCGUCGCCAGCGUCGCUUCGUGGUCUCGUUCUUCGUGACGGUGGGCAACUACGACUACGGCUUCUACUGGUACUUCUACCUUGACGGCAGGAUCGAGUUGGAGUGCAAGGCCACGGGCAUCGUGUUCACCUCGGGGCGACCGGAGGGCGAGUACGAGUACGCGACCGAGAUGGCCCCGCGCCUCGGAGCGCCGUGCCACCAGCACCUGUUCUCGGCCCGUCUGGAUGUCGCCAUCGACGGCAACAAGUGCCAUGUCGACGAGCUGGAGGCCAAGCGCCUGCCGAUCAGCCCUGAUAACCCUCGUGGAAAUGCGUUCAUGCGGACGGCCACUCGGCUGAAGACUGAGAGCGACGCCCAGCGCGUGGCCGCGAUGGACAAGGGCCGGGUGUGGCGCAUCGCGUCGAGCGAGGCCAAGAACCGCCUCGGGCGCUCCACGGGCUACGCGCUCUUCCCGGAGGGUCAGCCGGUGCUCCUGGCUGCGGACGGGUCGUCGAUCUGGAAGCGAGCCAACUUCUCGACCAAGCACCUCUGGGUCACCAAGUACGCCCGCGACGAGCUGUGGGCAGCCGGGUACACGCCCAACCAGCACCCGGGCUUUGCCGGCCUGCCCAGCUACGUGAAGGGCAACCGGCCGGUCGACGGCGAGGACAUUGUGGUGUGGCACACGUUCGGCCUCACGCACUUCCCGCGCGUGGAGGACUGGCCCAUGAUGCCCGUGGACUACGCAGGCUUCAAGCUGAUCCCCGAGGGGUUCUUCGACCGCAACCCGACGCUGGAUGUGCCGGAAGACCCGAACGGCAAGGACAGCUCCGAUCUGCACGGGUGCUGCCACGCAGCGAAGGAGCCCGUGACGGAGCCGUAAGAAUAUUAAUGUGGGGGGUGUCUUGCCUAGGUUAUCGUAAAACAAAAGUCAAUGCAUUGAUCAAGUGGUCUUGUU